UAUUCAUGCAUGCGACCUUGCAUGCGACGCUUAGAGCAAUACAAAAUCAUGACGACGUAAUGGAGUUUGGAUCUGGCCUAGACAAGGUUUUGAAACAAGAAGUCACAGUCAUUUAUGGAAACAAAGUCAGAGAAUCACACGCGCUUGAGCACAAUCAUUUUUCAAGGAAUGUAACAGAAGCUGACUCGUUCAAAAGUUUAGCCAGUUUUUUGGAUUUACUAGGUGAACGUUCGGCAAAAGCUCAAAUGUUACCUGGACCUGUGACGUCCUAUGCGAAGUUCAGGGAUUCGAACCAGACAAUUUUUUUAUUAUCUGAUAUUACUUCAAAAAAAAUCUUAGGUUUCUUAAAAACAGGUAGGAAGCGUCUUUUUGUGCAUGACAGAAGAGGCGUUUGUGUCGAAUGUGUGCCUUUAUGUGUUUUGGAUUUCUACGUACAUGAAGCACAUCAGAGGAAAGGUUGUGGAAAAAAGUUAUUUGACUUUAUGCUUAAAUAUGAAAAUAUUAAUCCUUCUUGUUUGGCUAUUGAUUUUCCUUCGAAAAAAAUGUUACAAUUUUUACAAAAACAUUAUCAAUUAAAAAAUCCAAUUUUUUCAUCGAAUAAUUUUGUUGUUUAUUCAAAAUUUUUCGAUCAAAUUUUUUAUGAUACAUUGAACAUUGAAAAACAUUCUACUAUUCCAUGUGAAUUAUCACCUAUUAUUCAAAUUUGGGAUAAAGAAGGUUUAAUUCAUAAAAGAAAGAUGAAUAAUCCUAUUGUAAAUCAUUCUUAUCAUAAACCUAAUCAAUUAUGUAAUAAUAAUAAUAAUAAUAAUAAUCACUAUGGCAACACAAUAGCCAUGGAUGAACAACCAAAGUUAAAUGAUCAAACUCAUAUUCAUAAUAAAACAUUAAAUAAUCAACAAGUGAAUGAAUUACAUAGAACUAUCAAUGAUCAAAUACCUAUACCUAUGAUAGAUAUGAAAUUAUGUAAUAAUAGUAAUAAUAGUAAUACAUUAGCAAGUGUUUAUGAUGUAUCUAAAAUAGAUGAUGGAAAUGUUAAAUUAAAACAAGAUCUUAAUGAGGUAAAACCUAUGAAUCAGCAUCAUAAUGGAGUGAAGACAUUUGGACUAUUACAUAAUGUAUAUGAUAAUGUUAAUAGAUGUACAACACAAAAGAAAUCGACUAGUUCGAUUAUGACCACCAAUUCAGAAAUGUUUAAUUAUCGUUCAUUCGAAUUAAAAAAUCGUUCUAAACAAACUUACUCUUAUAUAAAUGCUGUACGUAAUCAUAAUUGUCAUACAAGAUUGUGGUAACUUACAUGAUAGAAGCUGGUUUGUUGCCUCUCACAGUAGGUCAACGAACAGUCAGUAUAUUGUGAAGACAAUUGUUUGUAAAUACUUAUAUCUUUUUGAUUAUUAUUGUGGUAGUUCCCCAAGUUACUGUUCCGUACAAUAGAACUGUGUUGACAUUCGUAUUGAAGAUUGCGACUUUGAUAUUGGUUGACAGUUUUUUUUUAGUUCCAUAUGUUCUUUAAUUGUAGAAACGCUUCCCUUGCUUUGCCAACCCUCACCUUUAUAUCUGCAUCGAAUUCUCCUUGUUCAUCGAUGAUGUUGAUCAGAUACAUGAAAGUUCCCACCUCUUUCAGAACUUCUUCAUCAGGUGUGACUGUGUUGAGAUUAUCCGUGUUGUAUUUGAGGAUCUUGGUUUUCCCUUGUGUAUGUUGAGGCCUACCGCUACAGAGGCUGCUGCUGCACUAGUUGUCUUCACCUACAUUUGUUCGUGUGUAUAGAAUAGAAGGGUUAGGUCGCCUGCAAAGUCCAAAUUAUCUAGUCGCAUCCAACCUGUUCGUUGUAUUAGCUUGAAUUAAGAUAACAAUAGUGGAGUUUAUUCAUUAUUUUACUGUAGUUACUACUUGUUAACAGAGAUUAUUCUAAAUAUUUCUAAGAAAGUAACCGAUGCUCAAACUACUUUUUAUCGUAUAUUUUUCUUUAAUUCAGAGCCGAAACAACGUCUAUCUAUAUUCAUACAAUAGACUGAUAGUGUUACGUAAUCCAGAGUGACACUGACAUUUAUAAACUGAAAAAAGAUUCCAGAUAUAUAUUGACAAAAUUCAAUAGUCAUUCAUUUAAUCACAGUUAAACAAUGAUGUAAUACUUUAUACUUGAUAUUAUUUCAAUAAUUCCACUUAUCUCUUUGUAUCUUCUGACAUUUGUGGUCGAAUUCAAUUGACUAUCAUCAUAACUAUCUGUCUAAUCUUUUGAAUUCUUCAUGUCCCUUUAUUUUUUCUCGUUCCAAAUUUACUUCACUGGAUUGUACUCCUGAAUAACAACUUCAAACCGUAAUCUUUCCGAUUACUGCUUAUACUUUUAUUACCUUUACCACUAUAAGAUUUGAAUCGACAAUUGUAUCUCUGUGCUAAUGUUCUAUGGCAACUCGAACUGAUGUACAUACGUACGAAGUUCUACGUUGUUACUGACUGACUGACUGAUUGCCGACCUGUAAAUAUAACUUUAUUAAUUAUAAUGGUUAAACGAAUGUAAUUGGUCUGUGGUAUUUUUUAAAAAAAAGGAAAAAGUUUCUUCAGUUUGCCUGCUACUUUGCUUUUCUAUCCCAUUUUGAUUCAAUUUUUGCUUUUUUUUUCUCCAUUUUAAAUGGUUAUUGUUAAGAUUAUUAUUAUUACUAUUAUUAGUAUUCAUAGUAUAAUCUUUGUUUCCAUC